CAGUGUAUCCCGGUGAUAAAAUCCUCCAGUCUGUGCAUCUGAGCAUGGAUCUGAAAUAACCUCGGAAUUACUGACAUUAUUCACCUGACAGGAUCAUCACCUGGUUUUUUCUUGCUUAAUUAACAACAAAUUGACGAUUCAAAAAUGCCGAGCAACAAGCUAGAUAAACCAGAAAAGUUAGAGGUGAGCGACAACGUGAAGGUGGUGGUGCGAUGCCGACCGCUGAACCAGAAAGAGAAGAUGAUGGGCUACAAACAGUCUGUGGCCGUGGAUGAAAUCCGAGGAACCAUCACCGUGAACAAACUCGAGACGCCCCAUGAGCUACCGAAGACCUUCACCUUCGACACGGUGUUCGGUCCCGAUAGCAAACAGCUGGACGUGUACAAUUUAACAGCCAGGCCCAUUAUCGAUUCCGUGUUAGAGGGAUAUAACGGAACCAUAUUUGCUUAUGGACAAACCGGCACUGGGAAAACCUUCACCAUGGAGGGAGUGAGAGCCGUUCCUGAGCUCAGGGGGAUUAUCCCUAAUUCUUUUGCUCACAUUUUCGGUCACAUUGCUAAAGCUGAGGGAGACACCAGGUUUUUAGUUCGAGUUUCAUAUUUGGAGAUCUACAAUGAGGAAGUGAGGGACUUGCUGGGGAAGGACCAGAUGCAGAGAUUGGAGGUAAAAGAAAGGCCAGACGUGGGAGUCUACAUUAAAGAUCUGUCUGGCUAUGUUGUGAACAAUGCUGACGAUAUGGACCGAAUUAUGACUCUGGGCCACAAGAACCGGUCUGUCGGUGCUACCAAUAUGAACGAGCACAGCUCCCGAUCUCACGCCAUCUUCACCAUCACCAUCGAGUGCAGUGAGAAGGGCGUCGAUGGAAACCAGCAUGUGCGCAUGGGCAAGCUGCACCUGGUUGACCUCGCGGGAUCUGAAAGGCAGGGUAAGACAGGAGCUACGGGUCAGCGUCUUAAAGAGGCCACAAAGAUCAACUUGUCCUUGUCCACUCUGGGGAAUGUGAUCUCUGCUCUGGUGGAUGGGAAGAGCACACAUGUACCCUAUAGGAAUUCCAAACUCACACGCCUGCUGCAGGACUCUCUGGGCGGAAACUCCAAAACCAUGAUGUGUGCAAACAUUGGACCUGCAGACUACAACUAUGAUGAAACAAUCAGCACCCUGCGCUAUGCUAACCGUGCCAAGAACAUCAAGAAUAAAGCGAGAAUCAACGAAGACCCUAAAGAUGCACUCCUACGGCAGUUUCAAAAGGAGAUUGAAGAGCUUAAGAAAAAACUGGAGGAAGGAGAGGAGAUCUCGGGGUCAGAGGCCAGCGGCUCUGAGGAUAUGGAUGAAGGGGAGGAUGAGGCUGCAGACGGUGGAGAGAGAUGCAGGAAACGACGAGGAAAGAAGAAGAUGUCCCCAGACAAGAUGGCAGAGAUGCAGGCAAAGAUCGAGGAGGAGCGGAAAGCCCUGGAGGCCAAGCUGGACAUGGAGGAAGAGGAACGUAAUAAAGCACGGGCAGAGCUGGAGAAAAGAGAGAAAGAUCUUCUCAAAGCUCAGCAGGAACACCAGCUUUUACUUGAGAAGUUGUCUGCUUUAGAAAAAAAGGUAAUUGUUGGAGGAGUUGACUUGCUGGCCAAGGCAGAGGAGCAGGAGAAGCUUCUAGAAGAAUCCAACAACGAGCUGGAGGAGCGACGGAAAAGAGCCGAACAGCUCCGUAGAGAACUGGAAGAGAAGGAGCAAGAGCGUUUGGACAUUGAGGAGAAGUACACCAGUUUGCAGGAGGAAGCCCAAGGGAAGACCAAGAAACUGAAAAAAGUCUGGACCAUGUUGAUGGCAGCAAAAUCAGAGAUGGCGGAUCUGCAGCAGGAACAUCACAGAGAGAUCGAGGGCCUGCUGGAGAACAUUCGCCAGCUCAGCAGGGAACUCCGUCUGCAAAUGCUUAUCAUUGACAAUUUUAUCCCUCAGGAAUACCAGGAAAUGAUUGAGAAUUACGUACACUGGAAUGAAGACAUAGGGGAAUGGCAACUAAAAUGUGUGGCUUACACUGGGAACAACAUGAGGAAACAAACCCCUGUGCCAGACAAAAAGGAAAAGGAUCCUUUCGAGGUGGAUCUGUCCCAUGUGUACCUCGCAUAUACAGAGGAGAGCAUGCGCCAGUCCUUGAUGAGGCUUGAAAGGCCUAGGACCUCGAAGAGUGGCAAGGCCAGGCCUAAGACUGGGCGCAGGAAGCGUUCUUCCCGGCCGGAAACUGCAAUCGAGUCUCUGCUACAGUGAUCUUCAUUUUUUUUUCUUUUGUCAGACUGCAGGAUCCGGGCCAGUCAUUUGCGUAAGAAUGAAUUGAUGUUCAACGUGUAAACAUGUACUGUAUCUGCAUCUGGGCUGAGUAAACUGAAGUUUGGGUGAAGGAACAGGUAUUUAGUGUACAUGUGCUGGAAUAUUGCAACUCUUUAUGCUUAUUGUAAAAACACCUAUUCCUUUUAGAAUGUGCAUUCAGCAACUAAUAGAUUUCCUCCUUAACCACAAAAAAGUUACUUGAGCUUGAGGCAGGACACAGCUCCUCAGAUGGAGGAUGUUACUCCACUGAUGCCCUAGCUGAUUAGCUUGUAAUCAUGAGCAAGCUACUUCAGAUAUGAAUCACAUGCUUGAUGAUUUUACCGCUAGCCUUUUGUAGUUUCUUUUUACUCUUUGAACUUGACGUAUGCAACGUGUGCUCCUAACCUGAUUUGGUUGAAGGAUUCGGCCUGAGAACCUGCAUGCUGCUCAACAUCUACUGUAGCGCUACAUAACACUAGCUAAAUGUUUUCGUUUUCGUUCCACGAGCUACCACAUGUGCACUGUAGUCAAAAACGAAACCUUUUAUUUGCCAUAAAAUUUGUUUACAUUUAUUAUGCUGUAAGAUGUAUACUUGUUAAUUUAUUAAAUUAUUUACCUUAUAACUACAUCUCCUGAUUGCUUUGGUAUGUGUCGAUUAAAAAUAUACAAAUAAUACAA